AUGCAAAGCACCGAGGUUUUUGGCAUCCUGCCUAUUCCCGAUGAUGUCAGAACAAACAGUGGCAUGCAGGAGUACCAGCCUUCACUCGAUCGGAAGCAAGAGCACGCAUUCCUUGCGCUCAAGCAAGGAACCCGCAAAGCUGUGCUACCAGUGCAUUCCGUGGCAGAGUAUCAGUUGUUUAGCAAGCUGAUGCGCGAAGAUCCCAUCUUCAACCGUCCUGACACUGAACCCAGUUGGGCUCAAGCCGUCAAGAUCUGGAAUCGAAUUGCAGAGUCAGAGAAAGAAAUUUCAUAUAAGCUUAUUGAACACUUGAAAGUCUACUACACAACCUGGAAGUCCAACAUGAAUGUUAAAUAUACCCUUGCACAGACAAAAGAACAUCGCAUGGCACUCAAUAAUACUCUCCGAGAUCCCCUUCGAUCACAGCAUGCUCCACCUGCUCCCGAGCGCAGUCAACGGUUCCAUGACAUUGUCUCUGGGCUUCAGUCAUUGCAAGAGACUGGUUCAGAUAGUGCAAUCUCAACCAUGCCCUCGGAUCAUAGCCUUGUUGUACUUGACACCAGAGUUCAAAUACCUCCUGUAUCUUCAGAAAUGCCGCUUGGACUGCAGAACACGAUUAUGGCGCCCGCCAAUCAGAUGUAUGCACUGGCACACAAGCGUGCAGUUGAUGCAACUGCAGUUGAGCCACCAACAAAGAAACCAUGA